AUGGGCGACUACCCCGUGCACCCCACCAGUGUCCACCCCGGCUUCCUGUGCCGCCAGCUUCCCGCGGACGCGCCGUCACGGCCGGAGUUGGACGCGUUCGGCGUGGCGCUGCGGGACGUCCGCGACCUCAUCCUGCCCGGCCUGACACACUGGCAGAGCCCUCGCCAGCUGGCGCACUUCCCGGCGUCCAGCAGUACCGUCGCUGCCCUCGGCGAGGCCCUCACGGCCGGCAUCAACGUCGUCCCCUUCACGUGGGCCACCUCGCCGGCCGCCACGGAGCUCGAGAUGGUCGUCGUCGACUGGCUCGGCAAGGCGCUCCACCUGCCCGAGACCCUGCUGUUCUGCAGCGGCGGCGGCACGCUUCUCGGCACCACGUGCGAGGCCAUCCUCUGCGCCCUCGUCGCCGCGCGGGGCUCCAAGCUCGCCGACAUUGGCACGACGGCGCCGGCAGCCACCAUUGACUGA